GAAAGUCGCGUCCGCGGGUGUGCCCGAGCGACGUCGAGCCUGGGCCGCACAUCGUCUGACGGGGUCGUCCGCUGCCACCGCCACGUCCUGUAGCCUCUUUACGACGGUCAACUUCCAUCCUCGCCCCCAAGCGUCUUGCUAGUUCUUCCUUCUUCGAUUGUAUACUUUCCUACUCCGCGACGUGCACCUGUAACAAUUCGUCCCAAUACCCACGCUGACGCUGCCCAGACUGAUGUCGCCAGACAAGCACGCCGGUACCAAAGAAAAGAAGAAGGGCACGAACCCCCUGGCACGGCUUCGCGGCACUACCAGCCUUCUUAAAAAGAGAUCCAGCGAGGCUUCGUUGGGUUCUAUCGACGAGCAACACGAGACUCACGAGUUCGGCGAGCACGCCCACCAUCACGGACUUGGACUGCUCCACGUCAACGUCCACGAUGUCGGCGAUCACUCUCAUUCUCCAAGCUCAGACACCGCCUCCACUGCCGUCGACCUACCUGCCAUCGCCGAACUGCAGCAUCAGCUCAAGGAUACCGAGUCCACUCUGCACGAGCGCGACGACCACGUUCACACGCUCGAGGAACGCAUCCACACCAUCGAGGCUGAGCUCAAGUCCUCUCAACUCGACCUCGAACAUGCCCGCUCGGACCUCGAGAAUGCACAGUCAUGGCGUCAGGCCUCCGAACAAGGCAAGGAGCGUCUGCAAGAAGACGUGUCUAAGCUACAAGAACGCGUGGGAGAAUUACAAAGGGAGGUAGAGAGGCGGGAAGGCGAACUCGCAGGUCUCAGGCACCAGGUCAGCUCGUCUCUUCUAUUCCUUCAACGUGUGCAAGUUCUGACGUAGAUCAAUAAUUAUACACGUUAGCUCGAAGAAACUCAAUCCGCCCUCGUCACCAAAUCCUCUCAGCUCGAGUCCGAGCAUGAAGCCCGCACACACGCCGAGACCGAGCUCAAUCAACUCCAGUCCCAUACCUCCGAGCUCCAAGCGACACACGAGCGUGCGCAGUCCGAGCUUGCCGCCAAGUCCACCGAGCUCGAGUCCAUCACCGUCAA